AUGUUUAAAAUCUUACCAAGACAUAUUAUUUUGAACAUCUUGUAAUACUUAAGUAUUUAAGAUAUUUUGAGAAUGAGAAGAGUUAACAGAUAAUUAUGGAUGAUAAUUUAGGCACAUUAUCAAAUGAGUUUGUUAUAAUGUAGUUCUUAGAUUGAUUUGUCAAAAUAUAAGGUUAUAGGAGUAAUGUUGUAGAUUGUGGCUAAGGAUUCAGGAAUGAGUAAGCAUAAACCAAUGCAAAACUAUUUGAUGAAGUUGCAUAGUGGAAGAAUAGAAUUAUCUUAUUAUGAUAGUGCUUAUUAGAAAAUAGGAUAAGAUUAAAUAGUGUAUGUUGUUUAGAAAGGAAAGGAAAAGGAAAUCAUUCGAAAUUUAGAAAUUAUAGGAGUAUCUCCAUAAUCAAUUAGUGUGUAUCCAAAUUCUUCAUCAUGUAAAAUACUAUCAAUUUUAUGUAUGAUACUUUAUAUGUGA